UGGACUCCUUAGCUGCUCCCUUGUGUCGUUGAUGUCCCCACUCUAAGGUUCAUUUUCUUCCUGUGUGAGGGGUGAAUUCCUUGUAGGUUAAUACUGUGGUAUUGUUGGUACUCGCCACUGCCCCCAACACGCACACCCACUGCCAGGCACUUAGUAAACACGAUAAAUUCAGCACGUGCUUGCCGAGUACCUGGCAUGUGCUAGAUACUGUUCUUGGGACAGGACAUGCAGUGGUGAGUGAAACAGAUGAGCUAACUGCAAACACUUUUGGUACAAACGACGGGGGUGGUGGGGCAGAAGGGCUGGGGAACAGUUCCUGGGUGAUCAAGGAAAGCCAGUCAUUUGAGAGGACAUUUGAGCACAGUGGUUUCUCCCACGGUUGUGGUGAUGGGUGUUGGGUGCAUAGAGAUGGUUUCAGUCCAAGCUUUGUGCCACGUGGAUUCUUCCCCAUCCCCAUGCCCAUAUGCGCCCAAUCUACUUCCCCCUCAUGGAAGUUUGGACUUGAGGCCAAAGGUGAGAAUGCCUGAGGACAGAGAUGGCCACUCAGGAGAAUGAUCUUGGCCCGUGGAUCUAUUUGAAGGGCAGUUUUAGAGGUUGAGACCUGAGAUCAAAUCUCCCACCGCUUUCUCUUGACAACUGACAACUCCACGCUGAGUAAGUGACGGGUAUGGGCCUGGACCCCAAUCUGGCCCCUCCGCUUGCUGGCCAGUUUCUUAAGGCUCCUCACUGCCAUUUCCACGUUGAGUGGGGUUAUAACAGCCCUCUUGAGGUGACGGAGAGUGUCCAUUUGAGUUAAUAAAAAUGUAUGUGGGUGAGUGCUCUUUAAAGGACUGCUAGCUUUCAUUGUCCCUAUUUUACAGAGGAGAAAAGCAAGGAGAAAUAACUGAGCCCAGGUCACCCAUUCGGGAAGUGGCUUGUGAGGAUAAAUAGUGGUUAUGGUAGAGCAUAGCCUAGCCUAAGUAAGGCCUGGCAUGUAAUACUUGGUCCUUCGGAGUGGGGGCUGUUCCUGGGAAUCAAAGGGCUGCCUUGUUCUGUCCUUUACAGGAAAUUCCAAGGUAGUUUUCCGUACCGGCUCCCUGUUUCUGUUCUCGGAGGGGCCCAGGUACCCAAGUGGACUCAAGAUGGAAUCGAAUAUCUCAACCUGCCUGUCCGGGCCUCUGGUUGUCGGGGGGGUGGCUGGCACCUGGAGUGGCCUGGGCUGCUUUGGGCCUAUUUGGGUAUUUCCUUGGGCGGGCAGCCCUCACCCUGUCCUUGAAAUGGUUCUGGCUGGGUAGCAGCCUCUAGGUGGUGUGGAUGAAAUUUGGGACUGGUUAAGGGCGGAGACGAGACCAAGAACACAAGUUUCCUUGUGCUGCUGGGGAGAGGGAGGGCAGGAGGAAACUGGAGACCCCAUUUCCACCCUGGCCACUCUCUUGCUCACAGUCCACAAUGGCUGGGUCGCCAGUGUUCCUCGGUGUCAUCAUUUUGCUGUCUGCCUUCUCAGGGCCUAGUGUCGGGGGUCGCGCCAUGCCCAAGCUGGCUGACCGCAAGCUGUGUGCUGAUGAGGAAUGCAGCUACCCCAUCUCCAUGGCUGUGGCCCUGCAAGACUACGUGGCCCCCGACUGCCGUUUCCUGACCAUACACAGGGGCCAAGUUGUGUACGUCUUCUCCAAGCUGAAGGGCCGAGGGCGGCUCUUCUGGGGAGGCAGCGUUCAGGGAGAUUACUAUGGAGAUUUAGCUGCUCGCCUGGGCUAUUUCCCCAGUAGUGUCGUACGUGAAGACCAGACCCUGAAACCUGGCAAAAUUGAUGUGAAGACAGAUGUGAGUCUCUUGGGGGCUGGCAGGGAUCUGGAGGGGGGACUCUUGGGUUGUGAUGAUGGGCAAUGAUCCUCCUACCCUUGGCUCCCCAACUGCCUAGCUGUGUGCCUCGGUUUUCUCAUCUGUAAAAUGCAGAGGGAUUUCUAAGUCUAUGUCAGGUUGAGCGGUGCAGAUUAGAGGGCUCUGGGCUAAUUUGCAUAGCAUGUGUUUGGCCAAACCUGGCCCCUGCUGCUACAGCUUUUGCUAAAACCGCUAGAUCCUUU